CCCUGUCCUGCUGAGAGUGUGCCAGGGUCAUCCGGAGUCGAGGUAUCGUCCUUGCCAGCACAGCCUGAUGCUGCCCUCAGUCGGGUCCCAAGACUCACACCUGGGGACCCGCCCUAAGUCUUGCUGUGGCAGGAGCAUGGGGCCCAGGAGCCACCACUUCAGCCUCGUCUUCUCUGUCUCCAGCCUGGGCCUUCUGUUUCUGUUCUCACUGUUUCCAGAGUGCUUGGGCGCCGAGGGCAAGCUGGCUCACAAACUCUUCCGUGAUCUCUUUGCUAACUACACAAGUGCCCUGAGACCCGUGGCAGACACAGACCAGACUCUGAAUGUGACCCUGGAGGUGACAUUGUCCCAGAUCAUCGACAUGGAUGAGCGGAACCAGGUGCUGACCCUGUACCUGUGGAUCCGACAGGAGUGGACAGACGCCUACCUACGAUGGGACCCCAAUGCUUACGGUGGCCUUGACGCUAUCCGCAUCCCCAGCAGUCUUGUGUGGCGACCAGACAUCGUACUCUACAACAAGGCGGACACGCAGCCGCCGGCCUCCGCCAGCACCAACGUGGUCCUGCGGCACGACGGCGCCGUGCGCUGGGACGCGCCGGCCAUCACGCGCAGCUCGUGCCGCGUGGACGUGUCGGCCUUCCCGUUCGACGCGCAGCGCUGCGGCCUGACGUUCGGCUCCUGGACGCACGGCGGGCACCAGCUGGACGUGCGUCCACGCGGCACCGCCGCCAGCCUGGCCGACUUCGUGGAGAACGUGGAGUGGCGCGUGCUGGGCAUGCCGGCGCGGCGGCGCGUGCUCACCUACGGCUGCUGCUCGGAGCCCUACCCCGACGUGACCUUCACGCUGCUGCUGCGCAGGCGCGCCGCCGCCUACGUGUGCAACCUGCUGCUGCCCUGCGUGCUCAUCUCGCUGCUCGCGCCGCUGGCCUUCCACCUGCCGGCGGACUCAGGCGAGAAAGUGUCGCUCGGCGUCACAGUGCUGCUGGCGCUCACCGUCUUCCAGCUGCUCCUGGCCGAGAGCAUGCCGCCGGCGGAGAGCGUGCCGCUCAUCGGGAAGUACUACAUGGCCACCAUGACCAUGGUCACAUUCUCCACAGCGCUCACCAUCCUUAUCAUGAACCUGCACUACUGUGGUCCCAGCGCCCGACCAGUGCCAGCCUGGGCUCGGGCCCUCCUGCUGGGACGCCUGGCACGAGGCCUGUGCGUGCGGGAACGAGGGGAGCCCUGUGGGCAGUCUAGAUCACCUGAGUCACCCCCCAGUCCCCAGCCUCCUGACGGAGGUGCUCGCCCUCCAGCAGUUCCUUGCCGUGAGCCACAGUGUCUGUGCCGUCAGGAAGCCCUCCUGCGCCACGUAUCUACCAUUGCUAACACCUUCCACAGCCACAGGGCUGCCCAGCGCUGCCAUGAGGACUGGAAACGACUGGCCCGUGUGAUGGAUCGCUUCUUCUUGGGCAUCUUCUUCUCCAUGGCCCUGGUCAUGAGCCUCCUGGUGCUGGUGCAGGCCCUCUGAGUUACAGGGGUCUGGUGCAGCCACAGCCCCUCCAGAGAGGGAUGGAAAGGCCAGGUGGUGGUUGGCUCUCUGCUAGGCCACCUAGUUUCUCCCUGCUGUGCCUAAGAGCUGGCGACACUCUCCCUCCAGGCUGAGCACUGCUGAUUUCACAAACCACAGGGAUCGCUUUUCUAUAUACCCUAAACUUUAAGGGAAAUCCAUAGCUUGCCACUGCCCUAAUUCCUACAGAAGGGGCACUCUAAGAAGAGCCAAGAUCGAAACACAGUCCUGGAGGGGCAGAAUUGAAUUUCGAUGCUGCAUGUUAGAGCUUUUGGUGGCGAGAGUGCAGGUUACAUGAGAAACAGAAUGACCAUACUUCCUUGUCCUCUCUUCCUUCCUCCGUGGCUGCUAUGUUAGGAAGGACUCGGGGAAGGGGAUCCAGGAUUCAUUCUCUCGUUUCCAGAGGAGGCCACAUGAGGAUUCAGCCCCAAAGCCUCAACUUAUAAUAAAGUGUGUGC